CUGGCUGCAGGAUGGCGGGACAGCGGCGCCAAGGAUGCGGCAUGGACUGGAGAAAAGUUUAGGAACGCCGCACGUCGCAGGGCGUCAUGCGUGGCGCAAGAAGAGAAGCGAAAAGAAACGCACAGCCGCCGCAGCCCGCGACACGUCGGCUCCCGUCUGCGCCCUCCGAUGCACCGGCCGCGAAUAAUCAGCGCACACUGACCGGCCUCUGCAUCAACCGGUCCGCCUCCUCCGUCGCUCCACCUGCAUGAACCGCGAGCCAGGUGAAGGGUCAGCGUAAACACGAGCUGUGGGUGUGGCGCCACUUCCGGAGCAUGCAAUGAGGGCUGCAUGUAUACAUUUGAGCGAGACGGAGGUGAAGUGGUGAGACGGCUCUUGGGUUCACAGCAGGGGGGACGCGGGCUGCAGCUGGUCCUGUUGCAGAGGAGACGACCGGAGGGGGGGAGUCCCCACCGACCGAGCUGGCAGGAUGAACUUCAAAAACAUGCGGGAGCACCUGGCCUGGCUGUACUACCAGUACCUGCUCAUCACCGGCAUCUACGUCCUGGAGCCGUGGGAGAAGUCCAUCUUUAACUCUGUCCUCUUCUCCGCCAUCGCCAUGGUGGUCUACACCUCCUACGUGUUCGUGCCCAUCCACGUGCGUCUGGCUCUGGAGUUUUUCUCCGAGAUCAUCAACGGCCAACCGGAGAGCGCCAUGGCGCUAAUGAACUAAAACGGAGGAGGAGAGUGGAGGGAAAAGACUCAAAAAGAAAAAGAAGAAGGGGCAGCUCGCAACUGUGACCUUAAGCCUCUCACUUCUUCACCCGAACCACAAACCGGACACUUCAUCGACACUGAAAACAUGGAGAUCUUGCCGGAAUCAUCUGGAAGCCUUACUCACUUCUUUUGGAUCUCGUGCUCUCUGGCCUUACCCGAUGGUAUUACACAACAGUGCUUUAAUUUCCUGCGCUAUUGAAAUGUUUGCUUUUCCUUUUCCUCGCUAUAUGUCCUGUUUGAGUGCAUCCCACCUCCGGGUUUUGCAUGACAGGUCCUUACAUGACAGGUAGAUUUGCACGCUUGACAAACAACAAAGCACAACCGUCUCUUUUUCUUCCUCUGGAUGCAUAAGUCAAGAAGGUUUUCCGGUCGUUCUGAUUUUUAGCUUAAUAAGACCUGGACAUCAUGGAAGAAAUUAUAUUUUUUUAGAACAGUAAAGAUUCUGAAACUUUUUGUCAACUUUUCUUUCUUUUUUUCUAAAUUUGGUUGUGUUUGAAAUGACGAAUGCAAUAUAUGCCACGCCUCACAUGUAACGGCACCCUGCAUAAAGUCAUAUAAAAAGCCUUAGAAUAUUUUAAUCUUUUACCGCAGUAACACAACCUUUCACAAAACACGGAGAAAGCCAACUUUUAAUUUGAGAACAUUUAAGAGGCGAAAAAAAGAUCAACCUAGAAAAACUUUCAACGUUGUUUAUUUGAGCAGUUUUUUUUUUAAAAAAUCAUACUUUUUUAAGUUGAUCAGAGUGUCCGAUCAUGUUUUUCGUCUGUUUCUUAUCCACUAUUCAAAAUGGGAAAGAUUAGAAACCUUACACUUAAAAAAAACAACUCCAGGAAUCAAUUUCGUUUCCUCUAUUGCUGCAUUUUCUAGCACCAAGGUAGCAUUUGUGUCUUCAUCAGAUAUUUAUGUUAGUAUGACCUGACCUGACACACAGAGCCUUAUUUCUUUAUCCAUCCCUCAGGCAAGAUGUCUUGCAACACAAGUAUGGCAAACGUGUGUUGAGCUUCAUAUAUUAGCAAUAAUGAAACAGCUGCUUGCCUGUUCUUCCACAGAUCUUCAAAGUUUCAAGCAGCUGGAACUGUGGUGAAUGAAGUCAUAGGGAGACAAAGGUUCAAUUUUAAAGUUUAGCAUCACUACUUGGAAAAAAAAAAAAGAAGCGAGAGAUGAUAUCUCAAUAAAACAAGUAUACUUCAAAGGCCGGCCGGUGCCAAUAAACAUGGGACAGAAACCAGCUAUAGCCAAUGAAGCAGACAACAGAGACUCGCAGUUUAUAAAGAUGUACAAUUUUCUCCACCUCUAAUGGCAACAGACUGGCAGCGACGUAUACGUCUGCACGCUUCAGAGGGAUAAAAACACCUGGAGGUCGGUUGUAUGACGAGUCGAGACCCGUGGCGACACACGGCCGUUGUUCUCGAACGUUUGUGUUGACACGUCACACCUGAAGACUCACUGCUUUCUGAUUAAAACGGGAGGCAGAGCAGAGUUUAUCACAGCUAUAUUGACAUGCACCAAAUACUGUUUUUAAUUAUGCUUGAGAAAAUGGAAAGGGGAAAACUUUUUUUUGAGUUUCCUUUAUGCACUGAAAAGCAAGCUGAAAGCAUGCAGCGCAGAAGACACAAUAUUAGAAGAGAGAGCUUCAGCUAUGCAAUGGAUGUAAACCUAUUCGUUGCAUCUGUCUGUUUAGGUAUGUGCCGAUCAAAAGGAGCAAUAAAACGAGCCGAGCCCUCUCUUUAUCUCGUUUUUUUUUUUUUUAUACGAUGGCAUGUCGGAAAGGUGUGCUGAGCAUUGAACGGGGAACAAAUAUUGAUCUAACGCUCCUCCAUGUCCAGGCUUGGCCUUGUCCGUGGCAUAGUUAUUUGCUGUGUCACGCAGCUGGAAAAUUAGUCGGAAGGAAAAAAAGAAUAGUCUUCCUCGGCUGCAGUUGAUCAAUGGAUCGGAUAGAUUGGCUUUAAUUAUUUGUGCUGUGGAUCAAGGGCUCACUGAGGACGUGCUAAUUUUAUUUACUUAUGUGUUUAUGUUCAUUGGUAAAUGCUUGGCUGGUUACAAUGUCAGUUACCAAACUUUUUAUUGCCCAAUUAUUUAUGUUGAAGUCUCUUGUAGGCCAUGAUUACUGCAUUGUUUGUUCUUUUACCUCUGCCUUAACAAGCUUUUUGUAUUAUUCCCAGUUUGUAUUAUGUUCCCUUGACUUUUGAUAAACAUUUCCACCAAUGUGACACAUUGUCCAGCAAGAAUGAAGAGGCCUCUAAGAUGCUAUUUUUUUUUUUCUUUCACAGUUUACCAAACUGAAUGUUGUAUUUCUACAUGAUAGCCACAACAUCACUGUAGUAAUCGCAAAAAUAAAGGCAUCGGAUGACACCUG